AUGGGAUAAAUAUUGAAUAAGCAAAAAUAGAAGUAGGCUGAUGGACCUACAAAAAAUAUAGAAAUAAAAUCCAAACUUGAAGUUAUUUAGGAUUUAAAGCAUUUAGACUAGACGAAAAAUUUAAUAGAUGUCUUCCCUAAAUACGAAUAAGUAUAUAAAUUCUUAGAAAAGAAAGAACACAGAAUAUAUGGAGAAAUAUUCAUAUUGGCAGAAACCAACGAUCCAAAUAUUCAAAUAGCCGUUUAAGAAAGUUUUUUCUAAAACUAGUUUGAGUUUUAAAUGGAAGUAGAAAAUUUAAAAGAAAUAGAAAGCUUCACUUAAUAGCAUUAAAAUUUAAUUUAACUUAUUAAAUACUUUGAUUAUAAUUACAAUUCUAUGUGCACUUCUUUUCAUAGGCUUAUAACUGUAACAGAAUAUCUUUCAAGAGACCUUUCAACAGAAUUAUUCUUUAGGAAAUUAUUAAUUGAAAAAACAACAUCAAGCGCUACCCCUAAAAAUGGGGAAAGUACAACUAAAUCUAAUUAAAUGUAAGUAAGCUUGUCUUCAAAAAGCUAAAGAAGUCUUUCUGCAAACAGCGUUGCAGUUCAGAAUUAAUCUUAAGUGAAAAAUAACAGCAACAUGUUACAUUCAAAAAGACUUUCAGAAAUCUAAAGAAAAAGUGUACUCAUUGUAACAAAAGUAUUUUCCACUCAUGAAAAUGACAACAUUAUAGAAGAUCAAGGAGAAGAUGAAGGCAACUUUUAUGAAAAAAGAGGAGCAAUAGCAAAAUAGAUAAAAAAUAGGAGCCACUUUUAAUUUAAUGCAUCGGAUAAUGCUUACAGAUUUUAGGAAAAAGAAUUUACUUACAUAUUAAAAUCCCUUAUAUCAGGAUUGUGUUACCUAUAAAUGUAGAAUAGAACUCAUCAAUGUCUUCGCUCAUCAUCCAUUUUCAUAGCUCGAGACGGUACUAUCAAGCUCACAGACCCUCAUUUGUUUAAUCAAUCUUCUCUCUACACAUACAUUUACAAAGGGCAAUCAGUCAGUGGAGCAUAUUUAUCACCUUUGCUAGUUAGUAAUGUAGAAUAUUCAGUAGUAAAGCCUGAGCAUAACGAAUACAAAAGCGAUGUUUUCACAUUGGCUGUGAUAAUGUUAGAAAUAGCUUAUUUAAAUAAGUUAGAUAACUACUUCGACUACACUGAAUACUGUUUAGUUGAUGUUGAAGGUUUGUAGAUUCUAGCAGAAAAUUUAAAAGAUAUAUACUCACAAUCUAUAAUAUCUCUUUUACUUUAAAUGCUUGAUGAAAAUGAAGAUAUCAGACCAGAUUUUGUCUCCUUAGCUUAAAAGUUAGGAAUAUUUAAUGCUAGUACUAAUGCAGUUGUUUAGCUUUCCAAAAAUGAUUCAUAGAGCGUAAUUUAUUCUAAAUUAGCGUCAUCCACAUCUUCAAACCAAAAACCAAUACCUUAAGCAACAUCAAUUAUUAUAUAACCUUCAGAUUAAUCAUUUACAUCUUAAUCACCUAGAUUUUCUAAGACUAAUGAAUCAAAUCAAUAGCAAUCGAUAUAGAAUGCAACACCAAAAAUAACAUAAAUCUCUGAUGCUAAGUAAAAAUAAAAUAAUUUUACUCAAAUUUUAAACCCAUACACUUAAGACACAGUUAGGAAGAGUAAAGAAUUAUAAAUAACCGAAAAAAAUUCUAAACUGUAAAACUAAGCUAAUUCAAGAUCACUAACUCCAAAUAGAGAAAAAACUCCAAAUAAUGUUCCUUUGAUACCAAUAACGAAUUCUUCAUAAGAUGCUUAAACUAGUUCUCCAUAAAUUGCAACAAAAUCUGAAAAACAUGAAUCAAUAUGUAAUGAUAUGUUAACUCCAAAGAGACCUUAACUAGCUGAGAAUUUAGACAAUAAUUACAGAUUUAUGACUCCUUUACCUUAAGUAAGACUGUAAACUCCUGAUAACACUACAAUAUAGAAACAUAUGCACUUACUGAAUCAAACGCCUUUGACAAAAACUAAGCAAUAACCAUUUUUUAACAAAGGAGUUUCUCCAAUAAAAACAGAAAGUACUGCAUCAGACAUUCAAAGAACCUUGAAAACUGAAAGCUCAAUUGAUCCAUAAAGAUAUCAUGCAAGAUCUACUUCUCCAAUUAUGCAUCAUUAGUCUAGCCCUUCGAAAUAACCAAUUACACCGAAAUCAGAUUUCAAUAAAAUAAUAAGUAGCCAAUAUACUCCUACAUAAGUAAGAAUGAGCAUAAAUCAAUCUAAUCAUUCAUCUUAUCCUUUAAAUACAAGUCCUUUUUAUUAGUAAAGCUAUUCUCCAAUCAGUUCAUACUAAACAGAAAAAUCACCAAUUAGUACAAACAAUAACAACAACAACUAAAACUUAUCUCCAAUAAGCAACUAUUCUACAUAAUAACAAAACAAAAUCAAAGAAACAUAAAACACUUUGACCAAUUCUAAAGCUUAGAGCAGAAAAAAUUCAAAUUCAAACUAAAUAUAAUCAUAGAAUUCAUAUCAACCUUUGAGUAAAUAGCAGAGUACAGUUUCUCCCAUCAAUACAAAAUAAGAAACAAAGCCAACAUUAUCAAGAUAGUCUUUAUCUGCAAUUAAUAUUUAGCAAGUUGGUAAUUUGAGUAAUAAUAGAAACAGUAUAAGUGAUUCAUCUAAGGCAUUUAAUUUAGUAAACAGUUCAAGAUCACCUUCUCCCAUAACAAGUAAAAGUACUCAACAAAUAAAAAAAAUGAUUAAUUAAAGUGAAGAAAAACCCUCAUCUGCAAGUAUUUAAAUACAAUAACAUAUUCAGAAUAAAAAAAAUGAGUAAAAAAAUAGCUAACAAAGUCUAUAAUUAUCUAACAAUUAAUCAACAAAUUCAAACAACUAAAUUGCAUUAAAAAAAUUGUCUAUUUCUAACCCUUAAAGUAUAUUACCAACAAAAUAUUAAUCUUAGAGUUCAACAGUUGAAAAGGAUAUUAUAUCCUUUAGCAGAUAACCUACUUUUGCUCCUUCUUAAAUUGGGUAAUAAUAGAAACCUCCAUCAUUAAAAUCUUCAUUGCAAUAAAAUAAACAAUCUCUAUAAAAUCUAAACGUCUUUACACCCCAAAGCUAAAUUUCAAAUGGUGUAAAUGUUUAAGCAUAUCUCUCAUCUUAAUCUACUGUUAAUAGAUAUAGCUAUGGUAAUAUAUAGAUUAUAAACUAGUUUGAUAAUAAAUCUCCUGCUCUUACUAAAUUAUCCAACCUUUCUGCAGCUAACAAUUUAAAUGGUAAUAACUAAACUUAACAUGAACCUCAAAGCCAAAAAAAUUAUACAGGAGUUGCUUAAAAAAAAGGUUCUGUUUUAAGAAUAAAUUAAAACGUAAAAUCUUAAAAGCAUGGUAGUUUAUAAAUUAAUGAAUAACAAACAUUUGGAUAGUAAUCCAUUCAGAGUUCAGUUAACAAUAAUAGCUAAACAGACUCAAUGACUGAAUCUUCAUAGUAGAUGAAAAGCUCCUCUCGAUAAUCUCAAAAAUCUCAUAGAUAAAGCUAAUCAGGGAACUAAUUUUAGUACAGAAGUAAAACAGAAAUAGGGAAUGAAUAAGAUGUAAUAACUUAAGAUAAUUAAAAAUUCUACGAUAACUUUUUUAAAAGCGAUAAAUCUCCAGUAAUUUAAUCAAAUCUUUAGCUUUUAAAUUUAAAGUAGCAACAAUAAAAGCCUUAGUAAGAGACUAUAUACAAACCAUACAUCCCUAAAAUGUGCAUAAAUACUAAUAAUGAUUAAUAAGCUUUCAGCUCUUAAAAUUUCAAUAAUUCCAAGUAAUAAAAUGGGGGAAAACUAAUUGAAGGGCUAGGAGAUCUAAAACCUGCAAGCGAGUUAUUUUCGAAUAACAAGAACAAAGAUUAACCAAAAUCAAAAGCAUAAAUAGAAGAAAGUCAAUAAAAAUCUCUUAAAUAGUCUGUAUCUUCAAAUUUAAGUUAAUCUUCAGCAAAUAAAAUCCAAAAAAGAAAUUCAAAUCAAAUUGAUAUUAAUGCAAAUGAGGUUUCUAACAAAAAUAUCAAAAAUGAACUCACUAUGAGUUAAAUUAACAGGGAAUUAGAAAAACAUAGGAAUUUUUCUAAAAAGCUUUAAGAAGAAAUGGAAAGAUAAAAGCAAUAACAGUAAAUAUUAUAAUAGCAAAUUGUUAAUUCUUCAUCAAAAAUUACUGAAGAUUAAAAUAAUUUAAUACCUACAUUAGAAAAAUAGAAAUCUAUCAACACAAUUAUAGACUAGCACAUAUUUGACAAUCAACUUAGAUAAACUCCCUCUGAUAUUGUUUUUCCUUUUUCCAAUCAAAAUUAUUCUUCAACAAAUGAUCAGCCCUUUAAAUCAUAUAACCACACAGGCACUUUUGGGAAAUAACCCUCAAGUGAUAAUUAAAAUCAAGAAUAAAUUUAAAAUGAUAUAUUAUAAAAUGGAUAAGCUGAAGACAAGGAAGAAGAAGAAAAACCUAAGAAGACUUCACCUCCUAAGGAGUUUGGUACAGAUUACAUUGAUUAAUUGAUAGCUAAAUUUAAAUCUGAAAUCACAAGUUAAAUAUAAACAAGCAAUAACCAACCAAAUAAAUAAUCAUCUGAUGCUGCAGAAAUAACUCAACCAAACAAUACAAACUUGUCAAAAAACACAAACUCUAUUAUUCCAAGCUAUACUAGCUACUAUGCUACAAAAACAGACCUAAAUAAUCAACCACAAUCGUAAAAUGAGUAUUAAAAUGUUUCUCCAAGCAAUAUAAAUUAGAAUGAUUAGUAAAAUAAAACUAAUUUAAAUAUUGCAUCGAACAACAACUUGACUGGUGAAAAAUAUGCAGAUUAGCCAGCUAGUUCUGAAAGAAUUAUGAAGAGAGUAGAAAGUGACAGUAUAGGAAUAGGCUUUGCAGGAUUUAAUGCAAAAGCUUAAAUUUAGCUUUAAAAGAAGGGAAGUCUAAAUAAUUUUUAAGAUGAAAAAAUAGCUUCUAACGAUUUCCCCGUUGUAGGAAGUAGGGCAGAUCUACCAAAAAGCCCAAACAGCUACAUUAAAUAAAACUUUACAGAAAUUCACUCUAUACCUCUUUCUCAGCUGUAGAAGGCUGAAGCUUUACAAGGACUAGAUUGUUAAGAAUUAAAGGGGUAACUUAGCUAGUAACUUAAAGCUAAAAAAAGAUAUUCAAUAAAUGAGAAAUAUCAAAAUGAGAAGGAAAAAAUAAAUUUAGAAACUUAGCAAGAUAGUAGUAUUUCUUCGAAUGUAUAAGAGGCAAGUUCUGUUUAUAAAGGAAAUAGUAAAUAAAAUUAUGAAAAUAUGGCUGGUUAUAAAGAUAGCAUAGAGUAAAUUUCAUAAAAUACUUCUGUCUCAAAUAAUAGUUAGUCAAUUCAAAUCGUACUUCCAAAGUAGACAAAUUUAUUUGGAGAAAAAUAGCAAAAUUAAACUUAAGUAAACAAUGGUACAGAUUCAUAUGGGAAUUUUGUUAAUAAUUAAAUUUUACACACUGAUAAAAGUGGAAAUGAUUUGUAGAGAGCACUUAAUGAAAAGAAAUAAGAAGGAGAUUAAAAUAAUAUUUAGAUGUAAAUUUAUAAACAAAACACAUUUGGUACUAAUGCACCUGCACUUAUGGAUGCAAUAAAGAAAGGCAACUACGUUACAGAAGAUUUAAGUUAACAAUAUUAGAGUGCAUAGUUUAAUAAUUUUAAUAGCUAGAACGGUAUAAAUCCUCCUUUCAUUAGCUUUGCUUAAAUAAGCUAGCAAAGUAAUUUAAAUAGCAUUGAAAAUAUUAUUAGUACUAACUAUUAAAGCGAAAUUAAAUUUGAUCAUUUGAAUGGUUAUGGUGAUGCUUAAUAUAAGCUAGCUAAUAAAUUUAAUUAAAAUAUAGGAGAGUAAUUGAAGAGUAAUAACAAAUAAACUUAUGAAGAAGAUAGAAGUGAAACAAAUAACAUUCUCAUAAUUAACAACAAUGAUAGUUAAAGAGAGGAUUAUGUAAACAAUUAGUUCUGUCAUUUGCAAAGAGAAGCUGUAAUUGAAUAUAAAACACCUAAAACAAAGUAAUCUUCAGAAUAGGUUCUUACUCCAACUUCAGACGAUGCAAUUAAAAAUUUCUUAGACAGGGUAGAAAAAAAUAAUGCUUAUCAAAUUCCCAAUGAUUUCUUAUCAAACUAUGUUUAAAAUAAUUAAAUAAACAUUAAUAAUACUUAAAAUGAAUAGAACAUGUAUGCAGUAAUCUCUGAAGGGGAAAAUAUAAAUUCUAAACUAUUAGACAUUAAAACACCACUUAACACUAACUAAUACUUCAAUAAUGGAAACUUUAGUGGAGGUGGUAGUAGCAGCAUUUACAAGUUAACAAUAACACCACCUCAAAAAGAUUAGCUCGAAACUCCUCCCACAAACACAAAUAUUCAGGUAUAUGAAUUUGAGAAUGAAAACGUUGCUGCUUUCUCAGAUGAACAUUAAUUUUAAUACUAAAAUUAGCAAUAUUAUAAUAAUGUGAUGGAUGGGUGUUAAAAUAUUAGCAACAUUUAAAAAAUAAACGAAGAUGAGACAUAUAAUUCGAAGAGAAGCUUUGACGCUUCUGCUGAUUUACUAAUGAUGCGUAGUAACUAAGACAUAUAAGAAGGAAUUGAAACCAGUAAUUUUAAUUACCAAGCUAAUAUGAUGGCUAACCCAAAUUUUUUGAACAGUCCUAAAAAGACUAAUCGUAAUUAAGUUUAAAGUAAUAAUUAAAACUAAAACCAGUACAAUAUUCAAUAAUCAGACAGAAACAACAACAGCAAAAAUAAUUAAAUCAAUUAAUAGAAUUAUACCAGUAAUUCUAAUUUAAGUCCAAACAAAAACUAUUUAUUCACUCCUUCUCCCACUAGAAAAGAUGAUAGCGCACAAUUCAAUCAAACGUUUAGUGAUAUUCAGAUGAUAUAGUUUUUGAAAAACAAAGAAAACGUUAUAGAGACUUAUGAAGAUGGGUCAUAUUACGAGGGUGAAAAAAUGAAUGGAGUCCGUCAUGGAAGAGGAAAAUUCUUUUAUGGAGAUGGAGGCUCAUUUUAAGGCGAAUGGUAAAAUGGACACAUGAAUGGGUAUGGAGUGCUUUAUUAUCCUUCUUAAAAUAAAGCUUAUGAAGGAGAAUGGGAUGAUGAUAAAUUUAAUGGUAAAGGAAUAAUGUAUAACGAAAGGCCAGCUGAAUUUGUUGGAACAUUUAAUUAUCAUAAUAUGAAUGAAAUUAAUGAUUAUUGGGUUAAAUAUGAAGGUGAUUUCAAAGAUGAUUUUAAAAAUGGAGUUGGAACUCUUUAUCUUUCAAACGGCGAAAGAUAUAUAGGACGGUUCAAAAAUGAUAUGGUACAUGGUCGUGGUACUUUUUAUAAGAGUGAUGGAUCAUUCAUCACAGCAGAAUGGUCAUAAAACAUUCUUCUUAACUACUAAUGA